AUGCAGGCGGUCACCAAUCAGCCCGGCUCCGUCACCACGCAGACCGUGAUAGUCAACGAAGGGAUGCAAUGGAGCACCGACAUGUGUGACUGCUGCGAUGACUGCGGCAUCUGUACUGAUUUUGGAGAGUGCAUCUGCCUGCCACUGAUGGACCCGAACCUCAUGGGAUACAUCGGCUGUAGCGGGAUCUGCCCUCCCAUAACGAUGGCCAUGAGAGCCGCCGUCCGCGAGAGAUACAGGAUUCGUGGUUCCAUCUGCGACGACUGCGUCCGCUCCUGCUGCUGCUACUCCUGCACCUGGUGCCAGAUCGCCCGCGAGAUCCGCCGGAGGGGUAACGGGUCCACGGUCACCAUCGCACAGACCACCAUGCUGAGCAGCGUCCCCAUGAUGCCCCAGGCCCAGGGCUAUGCUCCGCUCAAUGAAUACUGAGCAGCGUCCC